AUGAUGAGCUUACAUCUCCCUGAUGAGGCCAAUAUGAUUAUCCCGGACUUGGGUACUUUGAAAGCUCUGGUCCUGUCAUCUCCUGCAUGCCACAGAGUAUAUCGCAGACACCGGGGCAAACUGUUGUAUUCCUUCGCAGCAAACCUGUGGGGCGACCUGCUCGCUGAAGCGGUCUAUGUUCUUGAAAGCGAAAAGCUCUUAGAACACAGAACUGCCACUCAACAAAAGGCCACUGUAACAAAAGAGGUCGUGGCAUUGUUGGACCGCUGGAGCCAUUGCAGGGAAACAGGGAAGCCCGCCGAACAGGACGCGCCGACGAAGGCCUCAGAUGGCCUUAGAUUGCUCGAUCUGCACAAGGAGAUGACCUACUUUGUACGAGGGUUUUCAAAGCACAAACGAACACCCAGAUACGUCAAUCCUCUUCGAUGGGAGAAAGUGAAGUUCCCUGUCGUCUUGUCCAGUACCGAAGAGUACCGGGUGCUUAGAGCCUUAUGUCGACUUCAACUUCAUUCAAACGUUUUUGUGAAAGUUCCGAGCCGCCGCAAACGUCCUUUUGAUCGAUAUGCUCUCUACUCACAUGAAGUUUGGCGCCUGUUUUUUGCUACGAUGCCCCCGUGGGAGUACGAGGAAAUGGGAUCUGUCUGGGCAUACUUCAAAACAGAAGUCGAUUCAAUGUUCAGCGCAAUUUGGCGUGACUUAGUGGAGAAGCAUGGCCAGGAAAUAUUCACAACCUUACCCGAGAGGCGAAGACCAUUCUAUCCACAUGAAUGGUGGAUUGGCCACAACUUGGACAUAUCUUGGGAGAAACAAUUGCCUUUAACCUACCCUGCCGAUCGAUACAACGCUAUUGAGAACUUUGAGCAGCUCUUGACUUUAACUUCCUCAAGUUCCUCAACACGGAAGCCAAAUGCUGCAUGGACAAGAAGAGCCAUGGGGCGGUUUAAGCGAACACAGAAUUUCCAGCAAGCCUUUGUGACAACACAGUCUAGAUCACCGCCCGGGGACUGGGAGUGGGGAUAUGCGAUCUGGGACGCAACAACGACUCCACACCCUACGCUUUACCAACUACAUUCAUUCCAAGAGCCUGCCUUCCAUUCUACCCACGAAGCACUCCUUGAUAUGACGCGAGUAACGACCGGCCAACUGCAAGUUCCUCUGUUCCUUUCGCCUGUGGACUCCCCUGCCCUGGAGGAGCGGCUCUUGCGGCAGAACGUCCGUCCAUACAACCCCAACGCGACUGAUAUCUCGGGCCAGAAAGUGAACCUACCCCAUAUCAACCAAAGACUGCAAAAAAUACUCGAGCAGGCCGCCAAGCAACCGGAGGCCCGGGCCUGUCAGCCUUCCACUGCCAGUCAACCUGUCACCUCCCAACCUCUCGCUUUUUACCAAGAGCUCAUAUCUGCUGGUUCCCAGGAUAUCAUCUCCACAACCCGGUUUGUUAUCCGCCGCGAGGCCGCAAUGUGCAACACUAACAUGGCGUAUACCCCAGACUUCAUCGUUUAA